AUGAGCAAGGCUGUCGGUCCCGAUCUGAGGCGCUACAUGGACAAGAAGCUUGCCAUCAGGCUCAACGCGAAUCGACGAGUGUCGGGCAUUCUUCGCGGCUUCGACCAAUUUAUGAAUCUGGUCCUGGAGGACACCGUGGAGGAGGUCUCGAGCACCGAGAAGAACGAGCUCGGCAUGGUGGUGAUCCGAGGGAACAGCGUGAUUCUUAUCGAGCCACUCGAGAGGGCGUGA